CGGCGGUAAAUUACGUGUGUGACCAAAGAGUAGCAGAAUAGAAAGCGGAAAUAGGCGAAGAAGAAGACGACAGACUUCCAGACAGUUUGCAUGACAGAUGGAUCAGAAAAUCCCUUAUGAUGACUAUCAGCUGCCUGUUGUUUUUCUGCCCUCCUAUGAAAAUCCACCUACAUGGAUUCCUCCUCAGGAUCGGAUAAAUCACCCUGAUUAUAAUAAUGAACUUAGCCAGUUCCUACCACGCACCAUCAUCUUAAAGAAGCCUCCUGGAGCACAGCUGGGCUUCAAUAUUCGAGGUGGUAAAGCUUCCCAGCUUGGUAUCUUUAUUUCAAAGGUGGUACCUGAUUCGGAUGCUCACAGGGCAGGACUUCAGGAAGGAGAUCAGGUGCUAUCAGUUAAUGAAGUGGACUUUCAGGAUAUAGAACACUCAAAGGCUGUGGAGAUUUUGAAGACAGCCAGAGAAAUUGUGAUGAGGGUGCGCUAUUUCCCUUACAAUUACCAGAGACAGAAGGAGAGGACCGUACACUAGGUGGCAGAGACGUGCCGAAGAUUGACGUUUUGCAGUGUGUCCUACUGACGCUGGAUUACUGGGGAGUUGGGGAACAUGCAAUGCACCAUCAGCAUCCUAGCUGUUUUCUUUCACUAAUGCUGCAUUCAUCAUUUAUGUGCUAUCAAGAGGUAUGAAAAUAUUAGCAUAUAUACCUGGGGAAAUUCAAAGAAUUUACCUAACUUUUUUUUUUUGUUUGCAAACCAAGCUUAGAGAGUCGUCACAUAUACACUACCUCACAUUUCCUUCUACUACUAAUAUAUUGCUUCUGUUACUUUCCCAUGCAAGCAAGAAACUAUAUCUGAUACAGGAAAGAAACAACACCAUAAAGAUGCACUGACUGUGAUUUUUGCACUGUCUAACACAAUUAAACUACAUGGCCAAAUGUCUGUGGACAACUGCCCUUAACACCCUUAUGUAAGUCUUCCCCAAACUGUUGCCACAAAGUGCAUAAUUGUAGCAGAUAUCUUUGUAAGUUGUAGUAGUAUUAAAGAAACACUCUUUAAUGGCUCUAAAGGACCUAGUCCAGACCUUUUCCUGCAUGGCAAUGUCCUGUGCACAGUUUGGGGUCCAUAAAGACAUGGUUUGUCAAGGUUGGAAGGGAGGAAUUGGAAUUGCCUGCACAGAGCCCUCGGCUCAACCACACUGAACACCUUUGGGAUGAAUUGAAAAGCAGACUGCACACCAAACAUUCCUGCUUACUGACAGUGUCCAGACUUAUUAAUGCUUCAGUUGCUUAAGGAUGGCUAACACAAAUCCCCACAGCCAUGCUCCAAAACACAGUGGAAAAUCUUCAAAGUAGCCAACAGAGAAUCAACUCUUUACUUCCCAUGGUGUUUCACUGGGACAUUCAGAAAGCAUAUAAGGGUGCAAUGGUCAGGCGUGCACAUACGUUUAGCCUUGUGGUUUAACUGUGUUAUGGAGUCCACUUGGAAAGUAUUGGAGCAGCAACGUCAAUUUAUUUAUUUAUUUUUUAAAUAAAACAUUGGGGUUUGAGAUCAAUAUUUGAGAUGGUAAAUCUGAAUUUCACCGUUAAACUCCCUGAUCUAGAUUUCUUAAACAUGGCAACUUUGGUAACAACAAAUCGCCCAUUUUCUGAAUGAGCAGAAGUAUUGGGACAGCUAGUAAAUAACACUUAAUCUUUGCUUACUUAUCCCUUACUUGCAGUAACUACUUCAUGCCAGCAACCCACUGACGACAUACAAGUAUUUCCAGCCUUGUAAUCUCAGCUUCUCCCUUCACUAAAAUGCUGCUCAGGUGGGUUAAAGUCUGGUGACUGACUUGGCCAGUGUAAAACCUUUUCUUUUCCUCCCCUUGAUGAAGUCAUUUGUUCUGCUGGAAGUAUGUUUUGGGUCAUUGUCCUGCUGUAUGAUCAUGAAGCUCCUCAAAGUUAGAUUGGAUAGAUUUCCCUGUAAAUUGGCAGACAGAAUGCUUCCCAAUUUUCUGUAAAACAAAUACAGUCUUUACAGGCUAAAUCCAGGCCUCUAACCAAGAGUUGACAUUUAGAGCUGUUCAUUGCUUAAACAUGCAAUUGUUUAAAAUCUAACAUGACGCGUAUAUACAACACGAAACAGUCUUAUGUUCUGGUAUUUUUGAUCACUGAAUCAACAUUAAAAAAGGGGUGGUUUCCAAUCAAAGGUUGUUAAAUACAUCUAGGUGUAAUCAGGAAAUAAAUAUGAUAUUCUCGUAUUCAUUUUUGGAUCUCGAACCCAAAUGAGGUUUCCAUUUCAAUACUUUCAGAGAGGACUGUGUUUUUUAACUUAAAACAGAUUUGUCGGACUCCAGUCCGGGAGGCCCGCAGCCUUCUAGAGUUUAGCAAUGUUUUUAGCUAUUUAGCUAUUAGAGGGAACACAACUUUCUGUAAAAGUCCAGGGGAAUUGCAGACGCUUGGGGAUGCUUUCAAAUGUGUAUUAUUCUCCCAUGCUAUCACACAAGCAAGCCAUUUGUUUACGUUUGUUUUUUUUUACAUUUGACUAAAUGAUAUCUAUGUGAUAUAGCUUGUCUGUCAAGUAAUAUAAAGCCUCUAUUUGCAUAAAAACCAUGCCAUGUCUAAGACACUUGGCAAAGGUUCAGUGUGUGAUUAUUAUAUAAUAGGAAAGUUCCAUGACCUGGUUAGUUUCUUUCAGUGUUAUACAGCAGUACAACAGCAAGUUAGCCCACAUUCUUCUGUAAUGGGUUAGCAGCAUUACUGCACUCAAGUCCAGUAAUAACUUUUUUAAUUAAUAGAAAAUACUACUAAUCUAUACAACUACUGCUACUCUCAGUAAAGGAAGUAACAGUGGUGUGAAAAAGUGUUUUUUGCAUGUUUGUCACACUUCAAUGUUUCAGAUCAUCAAACAAAUUUAAAUAUUAGUCAAAGAUAACACAAGUAAACACAACAUGCAGUAAAUGAAGGUUUUUAUUAAUGAGGGAAAACAAACCUACAUGGCCUUGUGUGAAAAAGUGCUUGCCCUUAAACCUCAUAACUGGUUGGGCCGCCUUUAGCAGCAAGAACUGCAAUCAAGCGUUUUCGAUAACUUGCAAUGAGUCUGUUACAGCGCUGUGGAGGAAUUUUGGUCCACUCAUCUUUGCAGAAUUGUUGUAAUUCAGCCACAUUGGAGGGUUUUCGAGUAUAAACCGCCUUUUUAAGGUCAUGCCACAGCAUCUCAAUAGGAUUCAGGUCAGGACAUUGUCUAGGCCACUCCAAAGCCUUCAUUUUGUUUUUCCUUCAGCCAUUCAGAGGUGGACUUGCUGGUGUGUUUUGGAUCAUUGUCCUGCUGCAGAACCCAAGUUCGCUUCAGCUUGAGGUCACGAACAGAUGACCGCAUAUUGUCCUUCAGGAUUUUUUUCACACACCUUCCAAAAAGCUCAACUUUAGUCUUGGGGAUCAUCAAGAUGUUUUCUGGCAAAACUGAUAUGAGCCUUUAUGUUCUUUUUGCUUAGCAAAACAUUUUUUCACACAGGGCCAUGUGGGUUUGGAUUUUGUUUUCCCUUAAUAAUAAAAACCUUCAUUUGAAAACUGCAUGUUGUGUUAUCUUUGACUAAUAUUUAAAUUUGUUUGAUGAUCUGAAACAUUAAACUGUGAUCAACGUGCAAAAAAAGAAAAAAUCAGGAAGGGUGCAAACACUUUUUCACACCACUGUAUGUUUACUAGUAUACAUGUACUCUGAGCAUUCUAUAGGGUUAACCUGCUUAAACAGCAGUGACUAUGGGAUGUUUUUACACACAAAACUUAAAUCAGACUUUUAUUCGUUUAGGUUUAUUUGUAUGUUUUUCUGCCACAUUUAUUAAUUAAACGAACUGAAAAGUAAAUAAAAUGAUGUCUGCUGGCAGGUGCAGCUGUAAAUUCACACCUUUUGUUCAUUGGUCAGAAAUACAGUAAUUAAAAAGUUAAUAAAGCUUUUCCAAUUCUGCAUAAGUAUCAUAAAAAUCUCCCAAGCACAGAGAACACCCGAAUUGGCCAUCAUUAAAUAACUAGAUAAUUCUAUACAUCCUGCUGAAGCCAAAUGUUUGCUUACACCUCAGCUAAAGAUAUUUAUGCUCAGUGUUUCACAACUCCACACUUUGUGUUGCCAUGGCUUUCCUGUGUUAACACAACUGUUCCUGAUCAUCUUUAUUUCUAUAAAGAGGUCAUUUCAAAAUAAUUGCUAAGAGAAAGAUUUGUUUUCGUUUUUAUGUACUAUAUUACUAUAUCAGUGGGUCAUAGUUUUGUUAACAUUGUCAUUUGCCAUUUUAAUUGCUUAACAUGGAGUAAGUUGAAUGACUGGGCUAGUCUGGCACCAGCUGCUCACAAUGCGUUAACAGACUUUUUGCUCAUUCCUUCUUAAAAAAACUGAUGUAACACAGUCAAGUCUGUGGGCCUCCUUGGUAUUCAGGUGGGGUUUUGUGAUUGCAACUCUGAUACUUUAACUGUUGUCUUUAAGCUGUUUUGUUGCAACUUGGAGAUAUCCUGCUGUAUGUUACUGUAUUGACCAGGUUUGAACUUUCUGGUUAAUGUCUUGACAAUUUUCUGUAUCUAACAUUUGUCACACUGGAAUUCUGAUAGAGUGAAUUAAAGCAGAAAUAAAUUUCUUAUUAAAUUGCCUUGGUGUGAUUCAACCCUUUCCCCCCACAAUAAUCACACCUUGCUCAUAUUUUAGUUUUUGUCACCUGCUUAAAAGAACCAUACCAACGAGGAAAAUACACAAGGGUUCGAUUCAAAUGGGCUAAACACUGCAUAUAUGAAACACAGUCCUUCAGUUUUCGUUGCUGCUUAAUCUGUAUGAAGCAAUAAGUAUAAUUCUGUGUUAUAGUGUAAUAGUGAAACACAACAUUGUUUGUAGUUAACGUGUCCUAGGGACUGUAACAUAAAUGGAGAAUGGAGUUGCAACUAAAUACAGAACUGUGAAACAAUAUAUUGUUCUGUCUCUAAAGUAUCUCCAAUGGUUCUAGCAGAGUAACGUGUAAGAACUUGUCUAUUAUCUAAGAGUAUUUUGCAUGUCCAUCAUAAUAUUGUGGUCACUAUUGUCAAAUGCUGCACAACAAUACCAAGAGAAACACAUUUCCACAUUCAGAGGCAGCAGUAGAUUACUGAUUAUUUUUACCAGCUCUGCACUAAGAUUUGAAUAUCAUGUUUAUUAUUUAUGAAUAAUUAGGCUAUUGUGAGUUCAUGCUUUGGUUAUUAGUUUACAGUUAAUGACAACAAUAGGAUUCCGUGUAGCAUUUCUACAAUAAAAGCUAUUCAUUUAUUUUCCAGUAGUGACAAGGCUAUGCAUUUAGUCACCGUGUUGUGGUUUUCGGUCCCCCCUCACUUUCCAUAUGGCUGCUUCGCUCCUUUCUGUGGCCCGCUGGGACUGGAGUUUGAUACUUCUGAUUUAGCUGAUGGAUGUUAUGAUUUGCAGAUUUAUUCAUACUCUCUGUAUUGAUUGUGCUGAAGUAUGGAUAUACUACUAUAUAUUAUGUGGCUAUACACUAUAGGGGAUUUAUAACUCCUCUGUAUUAUCUCCUAUUAUUAUAAUAAAAUUAUUUUCACUCACCAUAAACUUUUAAACUUUAUAUACUGCUGAUUGAAUUUAUACUACUGAAAGAAAAAACCUUAACUUUAUCUUAACUACAGUAAUCACAGCACAUAUAAGUGAUAUCUACUAUAAUGAUAGAUUCAUUCAGCAAUACAGUGGUCAAAUCCAGAAUGCUUGUCUAUGCCUUGGAUUUUGCACUUUACAUUGUAUGUUAACUCUUCUUGAUAUUAAAAAAAGAGUUUUAACUGGCAUUAACUGAAACUCAUCCCUAGAUGUAGGACUGUUCAGUAAGUCAUUUGUGCUCUCCUGUAGUGUUUUCUUGCUUUAUGCUUUAGUGUUUCAGAGAUUAUGUAUGUUCAUAGAAUUUUUUGUGACAAAUAAAAACUUGAUAAAUCUUAAA